AGAGUCUGAGACGAUCCCAUUAACUUGCCUCCCCCCCUCCAGCGCUACUUUGCAGAUUUUUGCAAUCGCUUCGGCACCGGUGCUAUAGUUGCGCAGCGGCCGGUCGCCAUGGCUCCACUCGGUUCAUCUCUUUUUGUGCUCAUAUGCUGCAUAUUUCUCUACGCCGGCAGAAUCCAGGGGCAGAGCGGUUAUAAGGAUGACGGUGAGGGACAUUACAGUGGAGGUGAAGAGAGUGGAUCUGGGGCCAGCGGCAGUGGUGACGACAUGAAGGAGGGAGAUGAGGGAUACGUGGGAACUGAGAGUGAACUGGCAGAGUGUGUGGAUGUUCUUCACAGAGAAGAUGACGAGGGAGAUGAGUUGACCUCUUCCACAGCCUACACUGCUUCCAUGUGCAGUGUCCUCUGCAUGGAUAGCAUCACUAACAGCCAACCCUACCAGGAUGUUCAGCUGGAGAAUGUAACCGCUGGAGGAGGAACGUGGGUGUUCAAGUCAUUCCCACAGUUCAACUCAGAGAAUGAGAAGACAAACUGCAAGACCUACCAAAAGGUCUCAGACUGUUAUACUGUGUUGGUGCCUAACUAAGUAAAAUUGACAUGCAUGUAUUGCUCUGUAGUUUGCCGAGCUUGUCAGAGGUUGUCUGGUGAGAGUGGAACCAACUUUAGCUCAGCUCACCCGUCGGGGCUGCAGGGAUGAAUGUAAAGGGCAGUGUAGGGAGGAGAGAAAUAUUGAUGACCACUACUUCAACCCGUACUGCAGAAUUGACUGUAAUGGAACCGUCUGCAGACAAGGUUGUGACAACUACGAGAGGAUUGUGCGCUCCUUCAAUGCAGCAGGGUCUCCACCAAGUCCUGUCCAGGGACCGCAGUUAGUGUCCUCUACCUUACUGGGAGAUGUCAUAUUGAGCAUCUCAGAAUCUGCUCCACCACCUAA